AUGACCUCGUCCGACCACAACGCAACAACACUCACCGCCCACCUCGGCCCACUCCAGAGAGGACCCGCAGCUACGGCACUGCGCGACCUCGCACUCGCAGUGGGAUGGUGCGACCUUUGUGUUCUCGAGCUCAAGGGGACAACGUGGAGUGUUCUUGUGGGACAUAAGCGCAAGGAGGACCCGCUCCGCGCCGUCCUCCCCCUGCCUUUGCACACGAACGCCCUCCUCCCGUCCGAGCUCAAGGGCAUCUUUGACGCACUCGCCAAGGUAUCUAUUGACGACCUUCCUCCUCCCAUCACCGAAUUUGCGCCGAGCGUCGAUAGCUUGCGCAAGGCCUAUUCGACCAUGACAGGAACCGAAGCCGAAGAGGGCAGCCUCAGUGCCGUUGGCGAGGAGAAGGAGGCCCAAGCGGGUAAGGCAGAGUUCGACCCAGACACGCUCUACACUGCCAUCAUGUGCGCCGACUCGACCGUCGUGUACUACAAGCUCUCGCGGGGUAUUCGCAAGCCCCACGACAUUCCCGACGAGUAG